AUGUGUCUACAAGCCAAGAAACACCAAGGAUCGCUGACACCACCAGAAGUUUAUUUUGAUAUUGCGAAUCGCUUAACGGGACAAAUUGUAGAUAAGUCCUUGAUUUUCAACAUCAGGAUCAGCGAUGUGAACGAUCAUGCACCCCAGUUCCCUGAGAAGGAAUUUAACAUCAGUGUGAAGGAGAACUACACUGCAGGUAUUCAACCUAUUUUUCAGAUGUUAACAGUGGAUUUGGAUCAAGAAAAUACUCCAAAUUCUCAUGUCCUUUACUUCCUUGUUUCCCAAACACCGUUACUGAGAGAAAGUGCUUUCUGGAUUGACCGUAUUAGUGGAGAAAUACAACUGUCAGGAUGCUUAGAUUAUGAGACUGCUCCUCGGCUUGCAUUACUAAUCAGAGCGGAGGAUUGUGGAGGACCACCGUUGUCAUCCACGGCCAUGGUUCACAAACGUGUGCAAGACGGCUACAACCACAUGCCACUUCAAUCACAAGAGGAUAUCCAGGUGGUUAUGGCGGAAGGCUGAGCCAGCCAGGGCAUGUUAUGUCUUGAGGUCCAAGAUGGUGAUUCGCCAUUUACGUCAGCAUGGAGAGUGAAGUUCAAUAUAUUAAAUGGCAAUGAAGAGGGACAUUUUGACAUUUUGACGGAUCCUGAGACCCAUGAAGGGAUUUUCAAUGUAAUCAAGCCUUUGGACUGUGAGACUCAGCCAGUGCGGAGCCUGGUCGUGGCCAUGGAGAACGAGGAGCCGUUCUUCUCCUGUGAAGGGGGGCAACUGCAGAGGCCACAGGCUGUGGCCAGCACCACUGCGAGUGUGCGGGUGGCCAGCGUCAAUGACCCGGCCGCCUUCCUCCCCGGGACCUUCAUCAUCAGUGAAGGCGACGGCGCUGGGCCUGGGACUCAGGUGGGCAUUUUUAAUGCUACUGAUCCCGGACAGAACUGCCAAUACGAACUGGCUUAUGAUCCAGCAGAUUGGGUCAGUGUAGAUGAGCUCUAAGGGGCAGUAAUCACCAGGAAGCAAGUUGACCGUGAAUCCCCUCACGUGAAUGACAGCUUUUACAUGAUCAUCGCUCAUACUGUCGAUGAUGGUGUUCCGCCACGGACGGGGACGGGGACCAUGCUGCUCUUCCUGUCAGACACCAGUGACAAUGCGCCCACCCUCCACCCUCGGUCUCGAUACCUGGAGGUGGAGUCUGCAGGAGGCAAGCCCCUCCCCAUCGAGGCAGAGGAUGGGGACCAGGAGCCCUACUCCGACCCGUUCACCUUCAAAUUGGACAAGACCUGGGGAAACACAGAAGACACGUGGAAACUGGGGGAAAAUCAUGGUCGCUCAGUGGAACUUUUAAUGCUGAGAAGCCUCCCACAUGGUGACUACUUGGUGCUGCUUUUCAUCGGAGACAAACAGGGACUUUCCCAGAAGUAGACUGUCCAUGUGAGGGUCUGUUCCUGUCCUGGUGGAUUCACAUGUGCAGACCCUCCGUCGGGAGCAGGGCUCCUCCAGGGGGUCCUGGCCUCUCUCUGUGCAGCGUUCAUAGCUCUGGCAGCCGCUCUGCUUUUCCUGCUGAGAUGCUCUUUUGUGUCUGGCCAGAGGCAGGGAUGCUCUAUCCCGUGUGAGGAAGGCAUCCAGACCCUGAUCCUGUGGAACGACGAGAGUGGAGCCGCCCCUGUCCAGGGACAGCCCUGGGCCUUCGUCACGGUGGGCGAGUCAUCUCUGCGCAUCCUCAGCCGCGAGCGAGGGAGGAUGAAGCCAGCCUCACAGUCGGUUGAAAGGUCAUACGUCAGGGAUCAGAUGUCAGCCCUGUCCAUCAACACAGCCGAGGCAGGCGCCAAGCUCCCCACCUUCAAAGGCCCUGGGAUUCUGCUCAACCUCACAUGCCUUCGCCUCUCAGCUCAGCAGCUCGGUGGUGCUGACAUCCCCAAAGGAGACCCUGGUUACCCACCUCGCGCCUACGCAGAGGAGGGCAAGUGUGAGCGAGCAGAGACCCGCAGUUCUCUCGCCUCCGAACAUGACCUGUCGCCCGACUUGCUGGACUCUUUGGGGCCAAAGGCUGCUCCACUCGAAGAAAUAUAUUCUAAGUCAGAUUUUUGUGCCAGCUGGGAUGGCCUGGCCAGCAUCCGUGACCAGGUCGUGUUUCUCCUCUGGCCCCCGACCCCUCACACCGCCCCUCACAUGGCACUGGGGAAGUAUGCCCCCUCCCGGCUUGUCUGCCUACCCAGCCCACUGCAGGCCAGCCUUCUGGGGGCAAGUGCUGUCUUACCUGCUUCUGUGGUACAUGACACGGUGCCUGGCAUGAGCUGGACACUUCAUCAGAGUGAGCUGCAGUAG